UUUAUGUUUUCUUUACGAUUCUAUUAUCAAAAGUAUUAAUAAAGUAUAAAAUGUUUAAUUAUAUAUUAAGCUUAAUAUUUAUUAUAAAUUUUAAACAUAUCCAAGCUGAAACUAAACUUCCAUUAGUUAUUAAUACUUGGGCUUUCGAGGAAGCCAAUGAGGCAGCCUGGGCUUCAGUACAAGAAGGUAAUACAGCAUUGGAUGCUUUAGUAAUAGGCUGCACAACCUGUGAGGAGCAGCAAUGUGAUGGUACCGUAGGCUAUGGUGGUUCACCCGAUGAAAAUGGUGAAACUACUUUGGAUGCCAUGAUAAUGGAUGGUUUAAAUAUGAAUAUUGGUGCAGUGGCUGGACUAAGACAAAUUAAAUCCGCCACUAAGGUAGCUAGAAUGGUUUUGGAACAUACCAAACAUACUUUGCUAGUCGGAGAUGCUGCUAGUAAUUUUGCCGAAAUGAUGGGUUUUCGUCGUGAGUCCUUGACCACCCCCAAGUCAAAACAAAUUUGGCAGGAAUGGCGCGACAAACAAUGUCAACCUAACUUUUGGUUAAAUGUUAUACCAGAUGCUACACAGCAAUGUGGUCCCUAUAAACCCCAUAACAGAUGGCAAACGCAAGACUUACAUGUGCGUUAUUCCUAUAAAGUAGAUCAAUGGCAUCACGAUACUAUAGGCAUGAUAGUAAUAGAUUCACAAGGUCAUAUCUAUGCCGGCACUUCAACAAAUGGCGCCAGUCAUAAAAUACCAGGACGUGUUGGAGAUUCGCCUAUACCUGGUGCCGGCGCCUAUGCGGAUAAUGAAGUGGGCGCUGCCGUUGCCACGGGAGAUGGUGAUGUUAUGAUGCGCUUUUUACCUUCACUAUUGGCAGUUGAAUUUUUGCGUAACGGUUUAACGCCUGAGGAAGCUGCCGUCAAAAGUAUGUCACGAAUUGUUAAAUAUUAUCCAAAUUUUAGUGGUGGUUUGGUGGUAACAGAUCGUUGGGGGAAUUAUUCAGCAGCUUGUGUGGGUCUUGAAAGGUUUCCCUAUUCAGUGGCUUAUGGUCAAACUAAUACUAAAGUGGAAUAUAAGAAGUGCCUACAACUGGAAAAAGUCAGAAGAAGUGAUUUGAAAUGAAGUGAUAUAAAAGUUUAGCUAGCAGAAAUUUGAUAAUA